ACUUGUUGCGCCGAGGCGCCACAAAAAAUCCAAAUAUCGCACAUCGCAUUUGCUAAAAGUGCGCAGAAACAAGCCCCUACGAGAUAACGCAUUUGGUUGGAUUGGUUACUAUCUUCGUCACGUCACAUGUAUGUUUCGGUCAGUCGACCAACAAAGCUGAAAGUGUGCGGAUCACUUCGGAAGAAGAGUUACAGAAGCACGAGGAAAUACAAUCCAUUAUCAGCAUUAGCAAUACAAACAGAUACGCAAAGCCUGAUACCUGCCCCCAACGAAGUUAAACUGCAUCAAUUGCUACCAUUUGAGUUGUUUGUUUCAUAUUGAAGAAUCCGAGUAGAGACUUUUGGGUAGUAAUCAGUUCCGACCUUGUGAAUAGCGUGAUCCACUCCAGACAGUCCAACAAAAUAUGACGUGAUAUUUGGAUUUCUUUAAUUCACCAAGUAACUGAUAAAGGACAGGAGAAUUUUGCUGAACUGAUAAGAACAAGCAUCACCAACCAGUAGGUAGACGGAAAUUCCACUCCAGAGCAGUUCAAUGAAAUUACGCUUAGCAACGGCGGUCGUAGUACACUGAUAUUGAUAUUUGUUUCCGCGGAAGUAAACUAGUAAAGUAACGAACAAACAGGCUAUUGGCCAACACGGAGAAACAAUGCACGGCGAUAGCAAAGCAGCAGGUUUUAAAACGGGAGUGAUUGAUUUCACUGCCGGUUCAUUGGGUGGCGUCGCGCUGGUCUACGUAAGCCAACCGAUGGAUACAGUUAAGGUGAAAAUGCAAACCUUUCCUCAUCUGUACAAAAACAUGAUCGAAUGUACCGUACGGACCUUCCAGCGGGACGGCGUCGUACGAGGACUAUACGCGGGGACAGUGCCUGCGAUAGUUGCCAAUGUGGCAGAAAAUUCAGUCCUGUUUGCAGCUUACGGUGCCUGCCAGAAGUUGGUUGCUGUGGUUGAACGGAAGCAGUCGGUUGCCGAGCUGACCAGCUUGGACAAUGCAGUUGCGGGCUUUCUGGCUGCAUUUUUCUCCUCAUUCACUCUGUGCCCGACAGAGUUAAUAAAAUGCAAACUGCAAGCCAUGCGCGAAGUGCAGCAAAAUAAUCUAAAACCGAACGAAAAAUUACCUCGAAUUUCUCCCUAUCAACUUACGCGACAAAUUCUGAAAUCCGAAGGAAUACCGGGAAUGUUUCGUGGUUUAGCACCAACAUUUGCCCGUGAGAUGCCUGGAUACUUCUUUUUCUUUGGAGGAUAUGAGGCAACUCGAGAGAUUCUAGCGAAACCGGGUCAAUCGAAGGAUGAUAUCGGUCCACUGAAAACAAUGGUGGCUGGAGCAAUUGGAGGAGUUGCACUGUGGACGUCAAUCUUCCCGGCCGACGUUAUCAAAAGUCGAAUACAGGUGCAGAGCUUAACGCUAAGCAUGACUCAGGUGGGAAUCGAAAUACUGCGGAAAGAAGGCAUCCUGGCACUGUAUAACGGAUUACAGCCGACCAUCGUACGAACCAUUCCUGCUACGGCAGUUCUUUUCGUCGUCUAUGAGUACACAAAACGGUUCAUGACCGAGCUGUUCGUUUAGAGGCUGUCAAUGAAGGCGAAAACGCUUUCAUUACUGAUUCUGCAUUUUCGUUAUUGUAUAUAGCUAUUAAGUAGCAAUAUAAAAUAUCUACCUCUUCUGAGUAACGUUGCAGUAGUUUGUGAA